CGUAAAUGAAACGCUGAAACGCAGGGCAGAAUUAUACAUUAUCUCUGAUCUUUUUAACUGACUUUAAAUCACGAUGGCAGCAGUAGCAACCCCGGUCCUGGGAUCUAAUGAUAUCCCGACGUAUCAUCAGAUACCGGAAACAAAAUAUGAACUGGAAUGGGCCGACCUAGUUACUCUGGAUCUCUCUCAGUUUGACAAACCAGGUGGUAAAGAGCGCCUUGCGAAGCAGCUCCAUGACGCCAUUCAGAAGAUUGGAUUCUUUUACAUUACCAACUUUGGGUUGAGCCAAGAGGCUGUUGAUCGACAGUUUGCUAUAGGCAAAGAGGUGUUUAACUUGCCCAUGGAGGAAAAGCUCCAGUUCCGUGCUGAGCUAGAGAAAGGAGGCUACAACGGCUACAAGCCAUUGGGAUUGCGAGAAGUCGCUCCUGGAAUUUUUGACAAUACAGAGAUCUACAACAUACCCAAGUUUAUACCAGCGUAUGAACGCCCUCAACCGGAGAUCAUCAACCAACACCGCGAUGAAAUCGAGCAGUUUGCUCGGCACAUUCACAACAAUAUUGCGGGAAAGCUGUUGGUUCUCUGUGCAAUUGUACUGGAGCUACCAGAGGACUACUUUCUCAACUGCCAUCGCUAUGAGGAAAAGUCCGAUUGUCAUCUGCGGUACAUGAUUUACCAUUCUCGCUCGGCAGAAGAGAACCAGGCUUUGGAUAACGUCUGGGUAAAGGGACAUACGGACUUCGGUUCCCUGACGCUCUUAUUCCGUCAACCUGUUUCUGCUCUCCAGGUCAGAACACCAGAGGGUAACUGGCGAUGGGUCCGCCCGUACCCAGAGAGCAUUACUGUCAAUCUCGCAGACUCAUUGGACUUUUUAACAAACGGAUUCUUGAAAAGUUCCAUUCAUAGGGUUGUCCGUCCACCUCCUGAUCAGCAAGAGGUAGACAGACUUGGUGUUUUGUAUUUCGUCCGACCAGAAGACAGCACCGAAUUGAAGCCGGUUGCUAGCACAGUUUUGGAACGCCUGGGCUAUGACAAAGUCACAGACACUGGGGCCGUUGGAAUUACAGCUGGAGAAUGGGUCAAGGCAAGAGUAGCCAAGGGAGUGGCCAAAGACAACCAGCCAAGAAGCGAAGUCGGAGAGCAGACGAUUGUCGGUGGACUUACUGCCAAAUAUUAUGAUUAGAUACAUUACAUAGUACAUCUAAGCAUCAUCUUCGACGU